ACAGCUCCAGCUCUACCUUCAGCCAUGGCCAGCAUUCUAGGCAUUCAGCUGCUCCUGCUGGCUACUCUGACCAAGGCAGAGGAUGUGAACCCUGAAUCUAACGCGAACUCCUGGCUAGGGGGCUUGGAAAAGGCUGAUGUCAACAGCGAGGAGGUGCAGCGUGCUGUGGAGUAUGCAGUUGGGUAUCACAACCAGGUGCAUGACAACGAUGCUUACAUAGACGCUGUGGUGAAGGUUGUGAGUGCUGAACAGCAGACGGUGGCUGGAAUGAAGUACAACUUCGUUUUGGAGAUGGGCCGAACCAUAUGUACCAAAGUGGAGCCCAAUUUUGAUAACUGUCCUCUCAAUGAGCAACCGGGUCAGGAGCAGAGAAAACUCUGCUCCUUCGAGGUCUACGAUGUGCCCUGGGAACACAAGAUGUCUAUGUUAAGUUACAACUGCCAAAAUGCCUAAGAGGCAGUGGCAGGCCGGGCUGCACUGACCACCCCUGUCUUGAAGCCUUGCCCUGUCGUUCACCAAUCUUUAGAUGAGAGCCCAGCCCCGGAAGAUGCCUUCUCCAAUGGCAGCACCAGAAGACCAGUAGAGGAGGCUCCAGGCAGCUUAGCUAAACAGUGGCUCUCUUUUCUCUUUCUUCUCCUUGCUUUUCAAAUAUCCCAGUGAAGGGAAUGCUCUUCCUCACUCCAUAAACAGA